AAUACUUUUUAGUUCAGGAGUAAUAAUAAAUCGGACUCAAAGAGUCUUUUGCGUGUUUUACAUAGUACUUAUAGUGUGCUUAUUAUACAUUUAUACACUCAGUGAUAUAAAGUGAAAUUAGACUGUCCGGUAAUCGAAACAUGUUUAUUUUCAAUGUCUAUGAAAAUUCCUUUCAAGAUGGAAUAAAUCGCUGCGUUUCCAGUUUUACAGUUAUGGCACGAAAUACUUUUAAGCUUCACUUGCCACAGCAUCGACGUUAAUGGUAUGCCAUCAAGGAUGAUGAGCGCUCGCGCCGGCGCCGGCGGCGCUGGCGAGGUGAGCGUGGCGGACAGCCCGCUCGCCACCUUCGAGUCGUUGACCCAGGCUGCGGUCAUCGGGGUCAUGGGGGUGGCCAUCGUCGUUUCCAACCUACUCAUCAUUGCCGCCUUCCUCAACUUCAAGGGUCUAUCGAAUGAAGUGAUCAACUACUAUUUGCUAUCAUUAGCUGUGGCUGAUUUAUUAUGUGGGUUGUUUGUGGUGCCCCUGUCGGUGUACCCCGCUAUAACGGGCCGCUGGAUGUUUGGAGACCUGAUGUGCCGGCUGGCGGGCUACGUGGAGGUCACCCUGUGGUCCGUCUCAGUAUAUACUUUCAUGUGGAUAUCGGUAGACCGCUACCUCGCAGUCCGAAAGCCAUUGCGUUAUGAGACGGUUAGUGCAACGGUUCAAACUCGCACUAGAAGUCAGUGCUGGAUGGUGUUCACCUGGAUCUCGGCCGCCAUGCUGUGCUGCCCGCCCCUCCUCGGGUACAAGAAGGAAGCCAACUUCGACAAGGAAACUUUUAUUUGCAUGCUCGACUGGGGCACCACGUACGCCUAUACCGCCACACUGGGAAUUCUGGUGCUCGGCCCGAGUGUCAUAUCGAUUGUUUAUAAUUACUUUUACAUAUUUUCCAUGAAACGUAAACUAAAUAGCGGCGCACCUAUACACGACAAGGAGUACGCCACAGCAUUGGCGGAGAACCUGGCCAAUCCCAGUCACUGGAUGAGCUUCGUCCUCGUGUGCGCUUUCUGGCUGAGCUGGGCGCCAUACGCGGGGGUCAGGUUAUACGAGUAUAUAACUGACCAGGAGCUAAAAAUACCUAUGUUGCACUUUGGAGUCGUGUGGCUCGGGAUUCUGAACUCGUUUUGGAAAAUUGUUAUUUUGAUAUCGCUGAGCCCUCAGUUCCGCCUCGCUCUCCGCAUCCUAUGCCUCACAGCAUGUUGCCGCACCAAGGGCCGCUUGCAGGCCGAGCUAAUUGGCAUGGAUAAUGAUGAUUAGAAGAUUUAGAUACAAAUUGUCAUGUAAUCCAGAAACGGCGUAUAGUAGGCAUUGGAAAUAUACAUAGUACAUGUAUGUGUUAUUAUUUCAUUCCAAUACAAUAGUUCAAGAAGCCACUCGAACGAGGAUACCUAAAAAUAUACAUUUUUCUCUAAUAUUGCUUUUGUUAUCAUUUAAAUUACAGUUUAAUCGUAUGGUAGUUACUAUCCCGUAGUGUAGUGAUUCCGCACCAUUCAUGUCUCAACAAAAACUUUGCUCGUCAGAAUUUCAAUUAAUUCAAAAAUAUGUAAUUUCCAAUUAAAUAAGUGCGACUUCAUUGUGUCACUACUUUACGAUCGCCAAGGUUUGAGAAAGUUGAGCAUGUCUAAAAAAUUAGUAUGUUUUGUUCCUUGUUGUUGCGACUAUUAGUCGGCAAUAAUGCAUGUUACGAAUAAAAUCAGAUUUGUUUCUCAAAUACUUAAUUUAUUUGUAACAAUAUUUUAUAGCCAGAAAGUCAGUCAAUGUAUAGCAAAUAUCUGAUUUUUAAAAUUUUUUAUAAGUGUUUGCAUAUUUACUUCAAAUAUUGUUAUCUAAAUUAACUGACAAUAAUAUGUAUAAUUCCGUAUUGGAGCAUCACACUCGCUAUGUGCAAUAAUUAUGAUCAUAUCAUUUUAGCUACGUGUGUUACGUUUUAUUCGUAUCAAUCAAUUAUACCAGGGUCUGUAGUUGUCUAGUAUUUAAAAAACUGAAAUUAUUUGAAUAUAUUUUUUUAAGUAAGUAGGUAAUUAUUUUAUUGAAUUUUAGACAAAUUAGAUAAGAACUGAGAACCCUGGUAACAAACAAAAACGAAAUAUACUAAAUUGAAUGUGCCAUUACUAUAUGUAAAUCAGCUACAAAAUUAAUACCAUUUAUGAUGCUGUACGUUUUUAUAACUAUAGGUAUCUAUAUACAAAUGAAAAUAGUUUAGGUAUGUUUAUUGCAUACUACUAAGUUCAUUUUGUAUUUCUCAUAAUUUUAGAACACCAAAUUCAUUAAGCACAAUUUGUAGCGCAAUAGGACUACAAUAGAUUGUGAUUUUAAAUACUAUACAUACAUAUAUAGAAGUUUGGUGUUAAAAGCGUUUUAAUAAUAAAUAUUAUAUAUUUAAAACAAGAAAAUAAUUUUAUAACUAGGAGCGUAAGAUUUGGAUAUUAAAAAAUACAUUUUAAACUUUUGGGCUUUUAUGUAUCAAUGAAUAAAAGGGUUACUGGUAUCAAUCGCAAAACCUCCUAAAGACUACUUGGGUACAUCUAAACAAGCAACUUUCGUAGAUUUUUUCAUAUAAAAAAAUACAAUCUACUUUGCGAUUCUACACAUCUUAACUCUAUGUAAUGGUCAAGCAACACAGCUACAUAACAGUCGCUUUAUGUAGCAGAAUCGAACAUAGAGUUAAUGUUUUGUGGAAAUGACAUAAAAAAUAUAAAAAAAUUGUAUUUAUUACGUUUAGACAAAGUCGUGGAACAAAAGAAGUUAGUCUCUAUGAACCUUAUGCGCCUUUGUAUGGUUAUGCAUUAGAUACGAGUAAUCCUUUAUAAAUGAUGCAAUAUUAUAUAAUAAACCAGAAAAAUAACUUAUUUUUAUAAAUGACUCAGGAAGUGGGAUUUAAUUUAAUUCGGUCCUUUGGUUAGAGCGUUUGGCACAGUUGUUUGUGAGUAGUUCGUGAGUAGAACUUAUUGCGCUCUGCCAAAACAAUUUCCACAUCCAUUCCAGUUUCGGAAAAUACUACUCAUCUGUUUUAUAAUUAUGGUCUAUAAAAAUGUCACUUGACAACAACUUAAACAAGGUUGUUGUCAACUGUAUCUUUAAUAAUCAUACAACUUAAAAAGUUCAAUGUUCGCCACAGCGUAUUUUCAGAAAUAACGAUUAUUAGAUUUAUUUAUUGAGUAUACUAAAUCCUGUGCUGUUUUCUCAAAGUUGAGGCUGUGCAAUAUUUUGUGUGUUAGAUUUUAAUUUGUUAAUAAUAAAUAUAAAUGAUUGUUAUAGUUGUGCAGCCUAAGGAAAAACGUCUUAAGUACAUUUUUUUGUAAUGAGUUUUAACUGCACGAGUUAUUAUACGAUUAUAGUUUUGCGGUGUAUGGUUUUGUAGUUGGUAUGAGUAAUUAGGGUCUUUGUUAUUACACGUUGGUAUUACAUGCAUGUGCACGUUGCUGUAAUCACGACUCUGCUUAAUUUAUUAAUAGAUAGGAACUUAUAUUAAGUCCCUUUUAUGUAAUUCAUUUCACAAAAUAGAUGUUUUCCUUCAUGUCCAAGUUAUCGAAUGAAUUUUUGAACAAAAUAUGUAAUUAAUAAGUAUCUGUUAAUAUUAUCAAUCAUCUUACGAUAAAUUUUAUAUUAUCGCAUUGAUCUUACACAACCACCUAUAUUUACAAAACAAAAGUAAUAUAAUUGAACCACGUUUGCAAGUGAAGUGGUGAUCAGAUAAGCAAUACAAAAGAUAAUGCGUACAGAUAGGGCUUUAUCAUUUAACAGUACACGAGUGUUACUGCUUCGGCAUUGAGCAUGCACUAAAUCCAUACUACCAAGUGUCGACAGAUAGUUGCUUUUCGUGAUUUAAAAUGUUUGACAAAUCGUUAUUGUUACUUGUUCUUUAAAACAAUUUAGUAUUUAUGAAAAUACGUAUUUCUGUGAUCCUAUACUUAGUGGUCAUUGUAGAAUUAUUUUUAUGAGACGUUUCCGAGUAGUGGAAUCUAAAUUUGUUGAAACAUGCUUUUAAAUAUUCACUAUAAUACUUUCACCGUCGUAUUGAUCGAGCGUAAGCAGGUAAUGUGGUAAAAUAAAAUAAAAUGUCAUAGAAAAUCAUUCUAAGAUUUUUCCAUUUUGGAAUUUUUAUUUAAUAGUUUCAGUAGCCACCUAAUCAAACUUUACGCCUUAGACAUAUCCUCAGCGUUAUAUUUAUGUUCAAGUGCAAUUAAGUAUAUGGAUAAUUUUUUUUUUACGUGGUGACUGAAAUCACAAUACCCUUUUCUUGUACCCUAGCUACUAAUAAUUUUGUGUUCAUAUUAUUUAUAUUUUAAAAUAAUUUUAUGGAUUGCCUAAAUGUAAUAAAAAAUGAAUAUAAUAAGUCAUUUACAUGAUUUAUGUUUAGCAACGACUAGAAUUUUGUUAAGAGAGAUUUUCUUUCUAAUGACUUACUACCUAAUUUAAUAGGUACUAUGCAAUUUAUCUUAUGUAAAAAUAGGUGAAUAUGUAAUCAUUUGAAAGCUGGGGUGAAAUCCGGAUUUAUUGGUUAACUUGAACGUCAAAGACACGAGCACACACUUUUUGUCUAUUUGUCUUUGUGUCUAUUUCUAGUCACUUUGUAUCAUACAAUUGUGUUUAGUUUUUGAAUGUUAAAUAAUACUUACCUUAUUAUUAUCUUUCAGACAAUACGUAUUACCAUAAUUUGAAAUCUAUAUGUCGUUGUGUCGAUGUGUGUUUCAGGAGAUGCGUAAUCUUAGUAUUUUCUAUUCUACUGAUAUAUUAGGAUAAUGUAUUGCUGAUGUCGUAUGAUGUGAAAAAAAAAUAUUUAUUAAUCGAGUUGAAUUGGUAGAUUUAAUAGCGGAUUAAAAAUAAGUAGUCGAGCUUUUCUAAAUUGAAAUGUCAGGUCUAUACCUGACAUUUCAAUUUAGAAAAUAUGUGUUUCAACUCUUAUAUGUGUAAUCAUACAAAAAUCUAAAGGCGGUCCUUUAUAAAACCUUAUAUUAGUUUUCGCUUAAGUCUGUAAGGUUUUCUUUAGAUACUGACUUGUAUUCAUUUUAUAAUUAAAUUCGUCCACUGAAGCUGCCAAACAGGUGAUGUUUUGAUCUUGUUUUAUUAAUUAAGAUAUAUUUAAUAAAAAUAAUUUUCAUUUCUCAUAAUAGUGCUGCAUUUUCGAACCGAAUAGUAGGUGGGCGAUGCGGAACUGCUAUUAUCUCGAGGGCGGGAAGUUGAUAUCAAAAUACAACUAAGUACAUCAUGUUGAGUCGUGGCUUUGAAACAUUUGGCAUAAAACACCGAUAACAAUAAAAUACAUAAUAUAAAUAGUGUAGUACAAAUAGUGAGUGUCAUUGAAAAAAUAUGUCCGUAUCUAUUUCAUAAAGUAUUUAAAAUUGUAAAAAUACAUACUAUUUGGGUAAUGUCUUGGUUUUCCUCCCAGUAAUUAAAAAUCUCGAUGUGUAUAUAUUUACUAAUACCAAUUUAAUAAAUGCUAGAUACAAUUUUUCUUUUCUCAAAUUCGAAACGGAUAUAGAGUGUUGGACACGGUUGAAAUUAUUCAAUUUCAAUACGUAUUGCGUUUACUAUAAACCUUCCCAGCGAUCUAGGGCUACAUCCGAGCGGAUAUGCGGACAUAUGGGAAUUAAGGGAAUUCCUUUUGAGGCCUGUCUAACGAUCAACAUCCAAUCCAAUUCAAAUAUUAGUUAGUAGAAUCUACUCACAUGUACGAUAAAAUUGCGUAUCGGUUAUACCAGUUUUGGUAAUAUGAACGGAGUAAUAAUUAAUCGCUUGAAGAUUGCCAAAAUACCAGUUUAUCAUUUCAAAUAUUAACUCACAAUACAUUUCGAAUACAUAUUUGAUCGGAUCACCAAUUAAAUUCAUAACAGUCAUUCUACAAUAUCGUUGUGAUCAUGAUUUGAUAUUGACUGUAAUACCAUCCUAUUAUGGUUGUGAGUAUUCAGAAAUAAAUUAAUAUAGUUAAACUGAAGUGAGGUAAAAAAGCUCUAGUGUACUUGAAUCCUACAUUCCGCUAUAGCUCCCCGUAUUUGCCCCUAGGGUGUCCAUGUCCACAGAUACUCACUAUCUCAUUUAAACCCCCGUGGGGGCAAAGUUUGAUUUCGUUUUGUAUUAAACAGUAAAGUACAGUCACUGGAGCUUUUCUACCAUUUUUGUCAUCGUAAUUAUGGUCAUUGUUAUCAUUUUAAUGUGUUUGUUUUUAUUUAAGUAUAGUUGAUAUUUCUGCACAAAAUAAUUUAUAAUUUUGGCUUGUUUGAUGUCAAUUAUCCGGAUUUUCCCAGCUGUUUUAGUCAAUUUUGUCGCUAGGAUAUUUUUACAAACAAAAGAAGCAUUUAUUUUAGUAAUAUAAAUAAAUUUGAUCUUUUGAACAGAGUUGAUGUUGACGAUUAUAAGUGAUAGUUUGGUAUGUACACUAGACAGUUUAUUUUUUGUACUAGCUCUAAGUUUGUUAUUAAUCGUUAUACCUAGUAGUAUACAUAAUAAUAUAUUCGGUAUAUACUUUAGUACAUAAUAAAUAUAUGUAUUUAUAUAUAGCGCAGAUAUGUUUUCUCGCGUCUCAAUCGAUUAAUAUAUACCCAUUUCGGAAUAUCUUAUUAUGAGUAAUGACAAAAAGAAAAUAUUGGCAAUUAUGUUAAAUGAUAAACGAAUAAAAAGAUAAAAAAUCGUGAGAAAUGUAUGUGCCAUAGAUAAACUUAAGGGUUUUUAUCAUUAGUUAUCAUUGUAAGUAAAAAUACACAUGAACUCUUCAGAUAAAAAUUUAAACUAAUAGCCAUUACUGAAAAGGAUUACUCUAAUCAGAUAUUAAUUUGGCUAAUUAUAUAAAUAUUUGAUUGAUUUUAAUAUACCUACUUAGUUCAGUCAUACACUCUACAUUCCUCGUACGAGUUUGUCAUUAAUAAAUCUUUAGCUCUGAA